GACGUCAGCGAUCCUUAUGAAGAGAUUUAUGUGCUGGAAUGUGGGGACUUGUAGCUCCUAGAACUACUUUGCUUCGAAGAAGUGAAGUAAAUCUAAAUUAAAAGUAUCAGAAAAGAGGACCAAGCGAACGGACACUGGCAUGGCUGCUCAGAUUGGACAUUCUGUUGGGGCCAGUAUGUUUUCCUCAACGAUUGGAAUGCCAUUAAGUGAUGACAUGUAUGGCCUGAAUGAACUGCCCAAAGCCGACCUUCCAGCGCCUCAGCUGGUUAUGCUGGCAAAUGUUGCUCUCACUGCUGAAGUUGGUGGAUGUGAAUAUCUGAAUGAGGACAAGCAGAUGGCAGAGCUGAAGACUGUGAGCAAUAGCUUGUCCGACAGCGAGGUGGAUGAGGAUGAUGAUGAUGAUGAUGAUGAUGAUGAUUAUGAAGGCGUGCCGGAAGGUGAAAGUGAACCAGAAGUGCCUGCAGAAAUUCAGAAAACAGCAGGAUCAGACAAGGACAGUCUUACCAGCUCGUCCCAGUCUUGUUAUUCCAUGAUAGACUUGCGAGGCAAAGAAAUCUUUGGGUGCUUUGAUGACAAAAGCAAAAGAUCCAAGCCUUUCCGCUGCAAGCCCUGCCAGUUUGAAGCAGACUGCGAAGAGGAGUUUGUUCAUCACAUUACAGUCCAUAGUGCCAAAAACUUUAUUGUGCAGGAGAAUGCUGUGAAGUCAGCACAUUCCAAAGAACCAGAAGAUAAUUCUGAAGAUGGAGAAAAUUGCAAAGGUCCAAUUCGUUGUGAUAGAUGUGGGUACAAUACCAAUAGGUACGACCACUACUUGGCUCAUCUGAGGCAUCACAACAAAGCCGGUGAUGAUCAACGAGUAUUCAGGUGCACCAUCUGCUCCUACACCACAGUCAGUGAGUACCAUUGGAAGAAGCAUCUGAGGAACCAUUUCCCAAAGAAGGUGUAUACCUGCUGCCAGUGUUCCUACUUCUCAGACAGAAAGAACAACUACAUUCAGCACAUACGGACUCAUACAGGUGAACGUCCCUACCGAUGCAUACACUGCCCAUAUUCAAGUUCCCAGAAAACUCAUCUGACCAGACACAUGCGAACACAUUCAGGUGAAAAACCAUUCAAAUGUGAUCAGUGUAGUUACGUGGCCUCAAACCAGCAUGAAGUCACCCGGCAUGCCAGACAAGUUCACAAUGGACCCAAACCAUUAAAUUGUCCACACUGUGAAUACAAAACAGCAGAUCGCAGCAACUACAAAAAACAUGUGGAGCUCCAUGUUAAUCCACGGCAGUUCCUUUGCCCAGUCUGUGACUACGCAGCUUCGAAGAAGUGUAAUCUGCAGUAUCACAUCAAGUCAAGGCACCACGGCUGCAAUGAUAUUACGAUGGAUGUGUCAAAGGUGAGACUGCGGACCAAAAAAGCUGAAGCAGAGAAUUUAUUAGAAGGAGACCUUGAAGAGGCCAAAGAUUGGCAAACAAAUUCUGAGGAAGAUCAGCAAAAACACACAAGUAUGGAAACAGAAAAAGAAGACAAAAAGGAAGAGGUCCAACAAGAGAAAACAGCCAGUUCCAGUACCAUGAAUCAGAUAACUACCAGAAGCCGUAAGUUAAGUCAGGAAAACAGUAAACCAAGCAACAAAAGGCAAAAUACAUCUGAGAAGAAAACGGAAAAAUCUGAAAAGCUGGUGGUCCGAAAUGAAAAGCUAGCAGGGAAAUCUGAAAAGCUGGUGGUCCGAUCAGAAAAGCUAGCAGGGAAAUCUGAAAAGCUAGCAGGGAAAUCUGAAAAGAUGGUGGUCCGAACUGAAAAGCUAGCAGGGAAAUCUGAAAAGCUGGUGGUCCGAUCUGAAAAGCUAGCAGGGAAAUCUGAAAAGCUGGUGGUCAAAUCUGAAAAAAUUACAGCAAAAUCGGAAAAGAUUGCUGUAAAAUCUGAAAAGCCGGUGGGGAAAUCUGAAAAAAUUGCACAGAAAUCUAAAAAGCUGGCACGGAAAUCUGAAAAGCUGAUGGAGAAAUCUGAGCAGCUGCUGGGCAAAUCUGAAAAGAUGGCAGAGAAUUCUGAAAAGACCAAAACUGGAAAAAGAAAGGCAGAUGUAAUGGAUUCUGUUCAAAUGAAAGAGGAUGUUAAAUGUACAUCCUCCAUAGCAGAAAGAAAGAAAAGGAAAGUCACUUUUAAAGACAUCAAUUCCCAGAAAAGAAGUGUUCGGAAGGUCAACCGUGAAAAGUUCAAGAAGCGUAUUUCUGAACAAAAAUCAUCUAGUAAAAGAAAACCUCCAAAAAACAAACUAAGUAAGAGAACAUCUUGCCCAUCCAGUGUUAAAUUAAAGAAGAAUAAAAAGAUCAAGAAACAGCAGUUGGCAGGAAGGAAUUUAACUGAAAGAAAAACUGAAAAAGCUGAAACAAAUGAACGGAUGGCUGAUGAUUCUCAUGAUCUUCUACAAAAUCAAAACCAGUUGACUUCCGAAACUAAGCUGCCAGUCAUCCGUGAAGAUGACAACACUUAUAAAGGAGAAGCAAGCGUGCUGGAUGUUGAAUUGACUGAAGUUCAUGAAGACAAAAUAACCGAAAAUACCAGCGAACAUAAAAAUAUUACAGAACCUGUCGAGGACCAUCAGUUUGAAGAAGCUAAGACUGCAGAAGAGUCAGAGAAUGAAACAAAUGAACCAAAGGAAGCUGUUGAGAGCCAGUGCAGUGAUAAACAAGACAAGUCCCAUGAAGAGAUAGCGGUUGAAAGCCAGUGCAGUGAUAAGCAAGACAAGUCCCACAAAGAGAUAGCCGUUGAGCCAAAAGGGGUGGCCAUAGAAAGUGAUUCAAAAACUGCUGAUCCUUCAGAGAUCCCAAAAGUUGCUCUGGAGCUUCCUUCUGUAACUGAUAAAACCCCAGUUGAAAGCAUGGACGUGGAGGAAGAUGAAGGCAUUCACAGCCAUGAUGGAAGUGAUAUCAGUGACAGUGUUUCUGAGGGCAGCGAUGACUCUGGGUUAAACUCAGGAGUGGGCUCGGCUUCAGAAGUGACCGGUACGGUGGCAAAAGCAAACCCAGAGGAGACCAGACAAGCGCAGGAGAGUUAUGUUUGCAUUUUCUGUGAUCGUAUGUUUGCUGUGGAAGGUGAAUAUAGGAGGCAUCUUAAUCGCCAUUUGGUAAAUGUCUAUUAUCUUGAGACAGCAGCAGAGGAAGACGACCAGUAGGUCUGUGGUCUGAGGGACAUACAGAAAUAUCUCAAACUCAGACUGGUGGUGGUGUUGCCGUUGCUUUACUUCCAACAACUUUUGCUUAUGUUGUUUUUUUUUGUUUUUUUUUUUUAAACAAUGCAGGUUGUAGAAUUAUCCAAGACGCCUGUAUUUUAUUCAUGUAAUUAUCUUUUGGAAGUUGCUUACUUUAGUAGUUCAAUGCAGUUUUGUUACUGCUGGAUGGUUUGCAACUAAAGAAAACACAUUCAAUAUCUUUGGUAGUCUUGCAACUUUACAUUUCACUGAACAGAUUUUUGUUUGAUUUCAAAACAGUCGUAUGAAAACCAGUUUGUUUUCCAUAUUAAAACAAAUCUUUUCCUAGGCAUAAUGUUCAGUUCUUUAAAAGUGAGCACUUUUCAGUUCUUUAAAAACAUUUCAUGCAGUUUGUGUAUCAAACAUUUAAAUCUGUUGGUGCUAUUAUCUAUGCAGUGUAAUCAAAGAAAAAAUGUGUAUAUUUUUAAACUUUUUUUGUUUUAGUUUUUCAGAAGUGAUGCUUGCUCGUUACCUCCAAUGGUAAACAUUUGUAUGUAUGUUUAUUAGGCUGGCCGUUAGCUUGUUAAAAUGAACUGUAAAUGUAUAAUUUCACUGAUCAAUUUGUGGGGAAGAAAUUAGAGGGUUCUGGGAUUUUUUUACGGUUAAUUAGUUCUAAACUGUGAUCAGUACUAGUUGUUCGGUAUUACAACUAGUUUAUUAAAUAAGUCAUUACCUGUUAAAAUACCGUGGCCAGAUCAUUUCUGCAUUUAACCAAUAUAUUUUGACACAAAGCCUGUUUCUUGGCCUAAAGAUAAUUAAUUGCAGCCAUUUGAUUUACAGUUCAUUAAAAGAAAAGAUAACUUUCUAAAGCAAACAGUGCAGUUUGUGUUCAAGUUUAAUACCUAUUCAUUUUGUAUCCAUUUAAGUAAUACAAAUACCAAGCACUUCUGUGAAACAUUCAAGAGGUAGUUACUAACGUUCACCUGCUUUGUAACUAAACCCAGAUUUCAAAUAUACCACCUCAGUAGAGGUGUAUAUUCAUCAGAGGUAUUUUAAACCUCUAAAUAUUAAAAAUAUAUAUUUUUAAUGUUUAGGAACCAUAUUUUUGACAGAUUUCUCUUUUUCUAUGGAUAGAGAAAAAUUGGUUUUCUACUUUUGUAUGUUGAGAUCAAGCCCAAAGAUUUUUUUUUUUCCUUGUAUUUUCCUGACCAUUGUAAAUAGAUAUAACGCUCCGGUAGUGUGAUGUUAAAUAGAAUAUUUUUUGUGCCUUUUGACAAUCAGCUUGUUUGUGACUUUUUUUUUUUUUUUUUUUUUUUUUAAUAAACCCAUGCAGUAAGUUACAUUACAACACUAUUGUUUUAUUGCUGUAACUUUCAAUGUUUGCUCAAUAUUGCUACACUGUAUUUGUAUUUAGAAGAGUAUUUGUAUUAGAAAGCUGUUUUCCCUGUCAUUGACAGACUCGUGUUUUUCCAGCGCUUUAUUCGCUGUUAAAGACACUGGUUGCCAAUUCAUUCCUUCGAGAGAGGCGCUUGAAUGAGGAACCAAGCAUGAGGGAAUGCUACAAUGACUUGCUCAUUCUAACGGCAUGAUCGGUGAUGCUAUAAAAAACUAAAUGCUGCUGAAAGUUAAAUUAAUCCUAGAUGCUUAUAUAAAGGACACUGAAAACAAAAUAAUGCCUUCAGAAAUUAAUUAAAAGUUGCCUUCAUAUACAAAAACACCUACCCAAAUAUCAAGACUUUUAUUGUCAAAGUAGAUCUUGGGGAUUAAUUUUAUAAAUAACAUUUAAUGGAAUAGUUCUGAAUUUGCAUAGUAUGUUUUGAAAAAAAUGCUGAUAAACCAGAUUUAAAAAAAAAAAAAAAAAAAGAAGAACUUCAUCCAAAUACAGAGGAUGUAAAGGAUUAAUUGAAAUACUAUAUUAUGAACAUGAAAGAAAAUGCAUCAAUACGUAUUACCUUUUCAGUUUGGUUGAUCAUGUUGGACAACCAAUCUAAAGCAAUAUUGAUUAUUUAGCUAAGCCAGUGCAAUACUGUUCAGAGUAAUACCAAAGUAAGUAGCUGUAGGAUCAAAUGUAUUUUUCCGUCAUAAUUUGGAGGAAAAAGCAUUAGAAGUAUAUUAACUUGUGCAUGCAAAGAGGCAUUUAUGUCUUGUGCUGUAGCAUGGUUGGAAAUGAGAAUCUUGAAUGAUUAUUUACUUUUAUUAAACUAAAUCUCCUAACAAUUGCUUAUUGUAAAUUUGUUAUUGUAUCCCAAUGUAGGUCAUUGUAGCUUUUCUGAAGUUAGAAACACUGUACAUGUUUUUCAUUUAUGUAUUACAUAUUAUGCUUAUAUUCAAAAAUAUAUCUGUAAUUUCCAGUUGCUGUCUUCGUGGUGUAAAAUGAAACGGUAUCCCUUUUCUGUGUUGUAAUUAACAACAAAUACAAUGAUGUUCACUAGAUUACCCAUCUAAAGACUGCUAAAUAUCAGGUUGUAGUAUGUAAAGUCCACAUUUUUAGUUAUAGCAUUUUGUACCAGUUGCCUGUAUUAUAAAAGCAUUGCAUUGUUUCAGAAAAUAUAAUCCAGUACCAAUGUUACCUUUUAAAGGGCAUGUGACCAUUCAGCAGGGGUAGUGCUCAGACUUCCUAGUAAACUCAGAACCUCGCUGAAGGUUUAAAAGUUCAGAUACAUGAGUGCUUACUGAAACAGUUAGCUUCAGGUAUUCCAAUUACAUUUUUAAAGAGCUUGCAUAUUGUAUUUUAUUUUAUAUUAAAAAAAUAAUUGGAUUUAAGAUAAAGGCAUGUAGUUAUCACAUUUAAUUUUUUUUUAAAUAGAUCAUUGGACUUUUCUAAGCAUAUCUUUAGUAACUUUUCUUUUAUUAAGAGGUUAUUGGCAUAAUUUAAUGCUGGCUUCCAAAGAGAAUGUUUUUCACAGUGUGUAGCCUAUUGCCCUGUUUGUUUUUUUUUUUUUAGUAUAUGUUUGAUGAAGAAAAGGGAUAUUGGAUCAUUUGCUUCAGAACAUUGAGCUAUCUGGUGUGCAGAACUGUUACUUGCUGCAGAUAUACACUGUAUUUAGAGUUUUUAAAUAAACGCUAAAGCUGGUGAA